UGUGGUGACACGUCCCGACGCUUUUCCACGUCGCGCGCCCAACGGUUGAGGCAGGGGAGGCUGCGCGCGUUCGUGCAAAGGCCGGGAAAAAAUGGCGGCGCCCGUCUUGCGAGUGUCCACCCCUCGCUGGGAGCGGAUAGUCCGGCUGCUCGUGUGUCUCUCAGGAAUUCUGAUAUCCCUGUACGCAUUCCAUGUGGAGAGGGAAAAGACCCGCGACGCCAAUUACCGCGCCAUGUGCGACCUGAGCAGCUCCAUCAGCUGCUCUAAAGUCUUCACGUCCAGAUGGGGUCGAGGAUUUGGACUGUUAGGAACCAUUUUUGGGAACGACAGUGCAGUAAACCAGCCAAACAGUGUCUAUGGAAUUUUCUUUUAUGUCUUUCAGCUGUUACUAGGUUUGACGGCCAGUGCGAUGGCCGCUCUGAUUCUCAUGACCACCUCCAUCGCGUCAGUGAUGGGCUCCCUCUACCUGGGCUACAUCCUCUACUUCGUCCUUAAGGACUUCUGCUUCAUCUGCGUCACCACAUACCUACUGAACUUCAUCCUGUUUGUGCUCAACUACAAGCGACUGGUUUACUUGAACGAGGCCUGGAAGCAGCAGCUCCAAGCCAAGCGGGACUAGACACACAACAACAACAACAACAACAGCAAGUGUAGAAGGAUAACAAAUCAUCCAACACGUGGGGAAAAUGUGACCUCUGAAAAUUUGUGACUUGCCACCAGGAGACCUUGCUUCCAAACAAAUGUUCAUUCUGUUGUGUGUGUGUGUUAAAACGAAACAAAAAAUUAAACAAGGAAAAGAAAACGUGUAACUUUAGGGGCCACAGAUCACAGGUUUAUUGGAAGGAUUGGAAAACAGAAACACAAAUCUUUGUCCGUUUUGAUUUCUUGUUGGUUUUCAUUGUUCCCUGAGAUGAAAAUAAGGUUUGCGCUUUGAUCGAGAGAGAGAGAGAGAGAGAGAGAGAAAAAGAGAGCAGUCAGAAAGCACUUAGGAAACUUCCAGUCAGUACAAACGGAAGAAGGUGUCCUUUCCCUGAGGAAUAAAAUAAUGGAGAAAACAAUGUGAGAAAUUCUGUUUACUUGAAUCCACUGGGAAAGUCGGUGCUCUUUGGGAGCAGCUGAUUCCAGCGGGACUGAAUUUAAAGGUUUAUAAAGGGUAAACACGAACGAUCAUGAGGCUAAUGUACUGCUCGCAGAGAUGAUUCCACGACAAAUAAAGUGUAAUUUUUUAUGUUUACAGGGUUUUUUUUUAUUGUUUUGGAAGAGGACCACUCAUAAAACACGCAAGAAUGUGAGCUGUAUGUGUAGAUCAGAAUUGUCUGUGACUACUUUUUUAUUUGUUUGUUUCGCAGUUCUGUAAAUAGCUGCCGCAAAGCAAUAUUCCAGACUAGUUUGUGUUUUACCGUUAAAAACAUUAAAAAUUCCCAAUCCACGGCA